GCUUCGAAUUGAGCAUUAGAAAGUUAAAAGUCAAGUCAAGUUACAAGCUCCCAUCCUUCUUAAAUCUCCGAAUUCUUUUUGAUUUAUUCUUCCCAAUGACUACAUAAACUCACCUUCAAAACUUGGCAUCGGACACUGCCAACAAAAUGGCUACGGAGAUGUGUCCGAUGAAGCCUGAACCGACAUUGUCGUUCACUCAAGGACUCAUUGUCGGUCAGAUAUCCGUAGUACUUCUCAUAGCCGCAUUUAUAAAAUUCUUCAUAUUCGGCGAUGCCCCCUCUCCCGAAGUAACAGCCUCUCUCCGAGCAGCCGAACGUCGAUCCCGCACUCUCGCACACAGACAAUCCCUUCUUACCCUACGAUCCGCGACACCGAACGCGACAAGACCAUCACAACAGCCAUCGUUAAAUAAGAAAAAGUCGAGCAUAUUACGAAGUCCUCCGACCCUUACCAUAGGUUCUAUCCUAAACAAAACAUACUACAACGUCGACAGCCACCAACCCGAAUCCCUCGACUGGUUCAACGUGCUGAUCGCGCAAACCAUCGCCCAAUUCCGCAGCGACGCACAACAAGACGACGCGAUCCUAACCUCCCUUACCAAAGCCCUAAACGGCGAUUCCCGGCCCGACUUUCUCGACGAGAUUAAAGUCACCGAAUUAACCCUCGGCGAAGACUUUCCUAUUUUCAGCAAUUGUCGCAUAAUACCUGUAGACGAGGACGGUCUGAGUUUAAAUGGCGGAAGUAGUGGAAGCGGAGAGAAACGUUUCGAUGCGAAUGGCCUGCGAGCGAAACGCGAGGGUUCGAGGUUGCAGGCUCGUAUGGAUGUUGAUCUAAGCGAUAUGAUUACGCUUGCGCUCGAAACUAAGAUCCAACUUAACUACCCGCGUCGCCUAACUGCUGUUCUUCCCGUCGCGUUAGCUGUCAGCGUGGUACGCUUCAGUGGCACGCUCAGCGUGUCUUUCAUACCUUCGAACCCAUCUACACACACCCCGGCGUCUAUGACUUUCGGAUUCCUCGACGAUUACCGACUCGAUUUCUCGGUGAGAAGUUUAGUUGGUAGUAGAUCGCGAUUACAGGACGUACCGAAGAUAGCGCAACUUGUGGAAGCACGAUUACAUCGUUGGUUUGACGAGCGCGCUGUCGAGCCUAGGUUUCAGGAGAUUGCUCUGCCGAGUUUUUGGCCGAGGAAACGGAAUACAAGAGGUGGAAGUAGUGGAAGUGUGACGGAUGAGAUACCCCUACCGGAUGGCUUAUCGCCUAUUUCCACGAGUAUACCGUCAGCCCCGUCGAAUAGUAGUAGUCUAGGAAAAGGCAAGGGCCGGGAAGUUUCAAGAGAAGAAGUUCGAAGAGAAUUACAAGCGGAAGCAGCAGCGGGACAGAGACGCGAUACUAGUCCCUUACCGGAUAAUCUCAGGUAUAGGAGAGUUAGGAGUAGAAACGAUCGUGGAAGUUCCGGGACAGGAGAGUUUAGCAUGCCUGGGAGUUUGCCGGGGAUGGCGCUUGAUUUACCGACUUGAGAACGAAUUGCUUAAGUUACAGAUGUUAAAAUGAUGUGGUCAUGCUAAUAGAUCUAUCCGAGCUCGUAAGCUCACAUUUAAUAACCUAAUGAUACCGGCCCAAUUACUAAGGCCGGGGAAAGGGGAUGGUCAAGAUGGAAGAGUAAAGAGAAUCGCCCUGCUAAGAAAAUCGAUCACGAGCGCAACUAUUCUCUUACCAAAUAAACAGGACUAGCAUUUUAUGCUAGGAAAUCACCCUCCAUCUACGUACUCGCUGGGAAAAGCGAGAUGAAUAGGGAAAUCACCAAGUCCCGAGUACGAGUGGUCAAUGUUUACGUUGUAGGAUUUGGUUAUGUGGCAUGUAGGAUACAGGUUGAUAUUUACAAUGGCCAAAAUGGAUGUUAUUUGAUAGAUAGAUGGUGCAUUAUGUAAAAUGAGCCUCACGACAUUAAAUAAAACCACGCGAUUAUUUCUCGUCAAAUCAUGGA